AUGUCGAUGUUCAACGUACUCGUCGUUGGCCAAACUGGAUGUGGGAAGAGCUCGGUCGUGAACAUACUCGCUGGAGAAAGCCGGGCACCCACGUCAGACGACCUCGGUCACUGUACUAAACACUGGACUGAGUAUGCAAUUCCGGUCGACGGUCGUUCAUUCCAGGUCUUUGAUACCAUUGGUUUUCUCGAACCUGGGCUGGAUACAGAGGGCUACACGGAUGCUAUCGCUAAUACAUACCUCGCGAUCGAUUUCCUAAGGAAAAGAGGCGGCAUUGAUCUACUCCUUUAUUGUGUACGCGACGGAGAGAUCGAGAAGAUGAAGGGUCACUAUAGGUUGCUUCGUGAAGUGUUUUGUGAAGAAGAAGUUCCGGUUGCUCUUGUCGUCACAAACCGUGGCGUAAGCCACAAAGGCUACAAGGCAAUUUUCCGCACACACAAAAUCGAUUGCGUGGACUACGCCUGUGCAAACAUAACUAGCACGCCUGGACCUGGUAGUUCAGCUGCGAACACCGAAUCGCAGAAGGCGAUCAAGGAACUGCUAGUGAAAUGUUGCGAUGCAGGUCCUAAUCCCAGGUCCACUCUGCAACAGCUAUGGCUGCGAGUUCAAAAACUCGUUGGGACAGACCAGUCUCAAUCUCUCAAACGAAAUGAAGUAUUCACACUACUCACACGGCGUUGCAAGAUGCAACAGGAGGUGGCUGAGCAAUUGCUCACAGCCCUCAACCUCCAGUUACCGUCAAGUCGGCUUUAUCGAGCACCCUACGCAGGCGGUAAAUCUGUAACUCGCGAGUUGCUUUCGUCAGAGAUCAGUGCUAGUACUCGAGAUGAACAAGUGUCAGAGGCCAGGCCGAGCUCUGGAUCUCGAUUACAUUCUGUUGCGGAUAGUAACUCUCUGCAUUCUCGCUCAGACAACUGA